GCGUGUGUGAAAGGGAAGAUGAUGUCAUGUUGGGUGGUAUGGAUGUUACAAACGCGGUGCUAGUGUAUAGCCGCCAAUUGUGAGUGAUGCAUAUACGUUACAGAAGUUAAUGGUAUCAAGUUACAGAUGAGGCAUAUUCAAUAUUCAAGGAUGCAGGCAUGAUGCAAGAUGUUUUUGUUGGGUAGCUCAAGGAAAGCUUUUUGAUGAAUGUUUCUUCUAUCCAUAUUUCAUUGCGUCCUUCGGAGAUACAAUCGGGCAUUCGCAGAACAUUGUAUGGGUACGGGCAAUGAAUUUGACCGUGGCUCGACCCCCCGGGUUUGGUGCGCAGGAAGCGUCCCGUUGGAUUCCCCGUGGCGUUCGUACAUGUGCAUAUUAUGUUUGCUCAUGACGGGAAGGGAUAACGAUCGUGGAUGCUUGGCAUCAGUAUCGGUAGCAACAAUGGUAUUUUGCGAGGAUGAGUCAGAAUUGGAAGACGAAUGCUUGGAUGGGUCCGAGCCCUUAGUCCUAGCACACCUGCGUGCUGCAGAUCCGUACAGUGACAUAUCGGAGAGAUAGUCGAUUGAGAGUUGUUACGAGUGCAGAGUGUGAUGAGAGAAGAGACUCGAAUGGAGUCCCAGAUAUCGUGUUUGUCCUUUAAGAGCUCGCGUUGUGGGUGCGCAGGUGGUGCUACAUGCCAGUAUCAGCAGUAUAUAUAUGCAGCACGCCCUUUGUCGUAUGUGGCCCGGCAACAACAGCUUGCCAUGGCGGUUUGGCGCUCUACCAACACGAUUGUCAAAUAACCCAAAUGUCGGCGAUAGAACCCACAAAGGAAGUGGUAUGAAUGAAAUUGACGCCCUUCUAGAUAGCACCCCAAACGCCUGCUGGCUGCCAUAAAUGGGACAGGAAAAAACGUGUAAGGGCUUGUGUGUGAUAUUUUAGUUAUAUUGAAUUCGAUAUGAACGCCGGUAUCAGACUUGGCGUGCUAUACCAACACCAAAGACAGUUGUCUGAAAAUAAUCUGUUACUAACUGGAAGCAACGUUUUCCGGUUGAACCAGUCUGACAUGUCCGAGUGGCGAAUCUGAGGGCCAUGAAGGACUUUCGAUCAGAAAUGAGUUCAUCGCUUGCAGUGCUGAUGACCGAAAUAAGGCAAUCGACUGUGCCUGCGGACUCGUUGCAGUGCAUACAUGAUGAAAGAGGAUGAAAGGCUCUCAAGAAACCGGCGGGAGAAGCUGUGUUCCAACUGACAUAAUAGGUAGGCUCACAGUAGG